CAUUUUCGAAAAUAUCUAAAGCGCAUGUGCAAAAUCAAUAGCUACGAUUUUGCACACGGCACAUACUUAAUUGUGUACAUUUGGAAGGUGUCUACAAACAAGGCAAAUAUGAGAUUGGUGAAAGGAACAAGGAUAUCAAAUGACAAGCUGAUGUCUCCUUAUAGGGCACUGGGAGUUGCAUUCACAAUUCUCCUGUGCUUGGUAUUCUUAAAUUUUGAUAUUGCCAAAACGCUUCUACAGGAAAACACUUCAAAAUACCAAAGCGAGAACAUGCUUCAAGAAAACACUUCAAAAUACCAAAGCGGGAAUUUUACACAAAGAUUCAAUCGUCCACCUCUAUGGGCUAGACACAUUGCUAAAGAAAAUGGUUCCUUGACAUUUAAAGGUGGACAAACGUUGAAUAACGAUGUAUUACAAAAUAUUAAAGUAUCAAACAUUACCUACUGCAAAAAACAAAGGUUUCUAGUGUACAAAUGUGAUUCAUCAAUGUUAUGCGGAGGUUGGGGUGACCGCCAGAAAGGAAUAGUUUCAACAUUCUUAAUGGCCAUACUUACAAAUAGAGUUUUUGUAAUCGACAUGGACAAACCGUGUAAAUUGGAUAAUAUUUUACUUCCAAACAUUUACGACUGGUCUUUGUGUUACAACUUUGUUAAAACCGUGUCUAAAAGAAAUAUUAUUCAAUUAAGCUAUACUGAUAAUUUAGUAAAGGUAAAAGAAACACUACAAAGCUCAGAUUUCAACCGUACAUGGCCAAAACAAGUUGUGGCGUUAACAGUAAACAGCUACGCAAUAGAUGAAGUAAGAAAACACAAACUUGCAAAAACAAGGUUAAAGUGGCUUUUAAAUAUUACAAAUGAAAAGGCCAUUCAUUUAGUACUUCACACAUUGUUUAAACCAGGUGAAAAAAUAUUGAACGAUGCAAGUGAAUUCUAUGAUAAACACGUGCAAGGCAAACAAUUAAUCUGCAGUCACAUCCGAAUGGGCCGAAAUCCAAGUAUACCGUCAGAUGCAAUUCUUAAAGUAUCUAAUGAAACUAUGCUUUUUCAGUUUUUAAAGUAUUUCGAAGAAGAAGUGCAAAACGCUAUAUAUGUUGCCACCGACUCGAAAGAAAUAAAACAACUUGCUAGAAAAAAUAUAAAAUCAUAUAUCAACAUUAACCGAACAAUAGUUCAUGUUGACAGACUUGGGAAAUUUAAAGAUAUAAAAUCAGAAUCGUGCCAAGGAUUUGCUACAGCUAUUUUAGAACAGUUUAUACUGUCACUAUGCGAUAUCUUACUCAUAACUAAAAGCGGGUUUGGUACCAUGGCAGCAUAUAUAAGAGGUUUAGACGACAAUUUGUUUAUUUUCCACCCUAAAACACGCACUAUAGUAAAAUCAAACUUGGUCAAUGUGCAAAGAGCGUUUAAAUUUCAUUAGAAAUAUACUGAAUUAAAUUCAUAUUUAAAGGGACAUAAUCUGUGAUAAAAAUAUUUUAGCAUAGAGAGAGUACUAUUCCUUCAACCAUAAAAGAUUUAUUGACAUGACCGCCAGUGUGAUGGCUGUUUAGUCAAAUUGAUUGAAAUGUCUAUUUUGUAGCUAUUUACAAUAAGUUACAGCAUGAUUUGUAUUGACUUAUGUUUGGACUUCUGUAAGCAAUGGUAGAAUAUUACGUCAUCGUGCACCUGCGAAAUUCUCCUUAUCAGACUGUAACCCGUCGAUUUGAAGACCAAAUAUGGUUUUAUUUUAAGAAAUCGUUAGAAUAUCAAAAUAUAAAAUAGCGAUCAAAAGAGUGGCUUUAGUACUUGAUACAACUGUAAAAAACGGUUAAAGUUUUACUCUCUGGUUCAUGUCUGAAAACGGGAUAAAUUUUGUUUUGGAGUCCGAGUGGAAGAAUUUAGGACAUACAAAAAUUAUCACGUUUGCAGGACUAAACCAGGCAGUAAAACGAUUAUUUUACAAUUACAUCAAGUACUAAAAUAUUAUAUUUUAACGAUUAGAAUAAAAACAUAAUGUUUUUAUCAUUGAGUCGACGACUUGUUUACAUAAAAAAGAAAACAGUCCGACUGGGGGCAUUUUGCAGGUGCACGAUGACGUAGUAUCCUACCAUUGGUAAGGAUUUAUU